AUCUCCCUGUCGAACCCGGACUACGUCACAACUUUUUCCUUUCCCUUCCCUACCACUGCUACUAUACCGUGUACUUGCUCAGUGACCUCUGGGUACAGGCGUUUGCGCAGCAACCGUACGGCAUUAACAAGUCACAUUUACUAAACUCACGGCUAGCUCUGACUUUCUGCUCCCUUUCCCCCGUACCCUUCCAUUAUACUUGUUCAGCGUCGCCCGUCCUUACUCUGUGUCGUCGCCACUUCGUCCGCUCGCUUGGCUAUUUUUUUCCUUACAUCCCCGGGUCACCUGUCGACCUCCCUCGCUCUAAUAUAUCGACCCCCCUCCACGCUACUAUGUCUGCGGCUGUUGCUUCGACCGUUUCGACUACUCUAGCUCAUCAUACUGACACACGUAAUUCCUCUCCAAUGGACGUGAAAAAGGCGGGCCUAGACACUGAAGACUCCAGGGCGACGUCGUCGGAUCUCAAGGACCCGAAGCCGGAUGUAGAUGCUCAAACAUCAUUGGCACCACCUCCACGACCAGCCAUAACAAGCGCGACUGACACUCCCGAUUACUUCAACUCCGUUCACAACCCUUUCUCUCUGGAACCCAACCCCUUCGAGCAAUCCUUUGGCAGUGGUGGUUCCUCGGGCGAAACACCCGGGAAAUCGAUUCUCCCCCCUGUCGCAGCACUUACUUCUCCUGCCCUGCCAGGUGCUACUUCUGCAAGUGGUGGCUACGGCUGGUCCAACUCGUUGCGCUCCGGGCCGCUGAGCCCUGCUAUGCUCCCUGGGCCGACUGGUUCCAGCGAUUACUUUGACAGCAUCGGUAGAGGUUUCCCUACUCCCAACGAAUCUUCUCUUCGCACUGGAUUGACGCCAGGCGGAGGUGGUUCUAUGUUCCCAGCUCCAAGCCCAAAUUCUCAGGCACUUCUGCAGCAGCUGCAAAGUGGGGGCGCAACACCGUCGACCAUUGAAUUCCACCGCACUGCGCUAAAUGCUGCUAAGAAGAACAGCUUAAAUGGUCCAACCUCUAACCCAACUUCUGAUCCUGACUCGGCCGCUCAAAACUCCAGCAUGGAUAUCAAGCCCAACCAACCUGCAGGUGCCGACCCGUUCGGUCAUCAUGAUGCUGCUGAUGCAGCUAAUGGACUAUUCAUGCUAGCCAAAGGCGGACAGGCCAACCCCAACCAGUUCUCUGUGCCGAAUCAGACAUCGAUUCAGCCACAAAGUAUCCAAGCCAAUGAUCAACAACUUGAAGCUGGUGCAGACAGACGUAACUCGCAAAACAUCAAUGGUGUAACGGGCAGAGAGACCAGUGGUGAUGCUUCCGAUAUGCAGGGCGAGCAGACGAAGCCUGCUGGCAAGGGCAAAGCAAAGAAGAACUCAUCGAAAGCUGGCACUGCGGCAAACAACAAGCGCAAGCCAGAAGAUGCAUCCAAAGGCAUAAACAAAAAGGCCAAGACGAGUAACGGAUCUGGUAGUGUUGAGCCUCCAUCCGAUGUAGGGGACUCCGAGGAUGAAGAUGAUGAUUUGAAGAGGAAGUCAACGACAGAAUCAAAGAAAAUGACUGAUGAAGAAAAGAGGAAAAACUUCCUCGAAAGAAACAGGGUCGCGGCGCUUAAGUGUCGUCAGCGAAAGAAGCAGUGGCUUGCCAACCUUCAAGCAAAGGUUGAACUGUUUACCUCCGAGAACGAUGCACUCACCGCCACUGUCACUCAGCUCCGUGAGGAGAUCGUCAACCUCAAGACUCUAUUGCUGGCGCACAAGGAUUGCCCAGUCUCCCAAGCCCAGGGCCUCGGGCCCAUCAUGAUGAACACCAUGUCGACAGGAUUUGACCCGCACCCAUACAACCUCUCUGGCACUAUGGGGAUGCAACCUGGUGCGCCUAUCCCUGCGCAGGGGCUGCGACGGUAAUGAGCCCUUAUUUGGACCGCGACAAUAAUACAUGGGAUCUGCUCCGUUACCUUUGGUUAGACGAGCAACCCAAUUUCUUUGCUUCAGGAGUGCAGGGUUAGGCGCUUUGCAUGCCUGCCACGUCUUACUCUUAUUAUUGGCUACGAGCCACCGGCAUGGAUAGGUGUUUAUGAUGUAUACGAUUCUAAAAACGGACGGCUGAAUUUGAAGUGGAAUGGGCAUCACUCGAUCCAGAAGGUGCAAAUUUGGCGCAAAAGCUUGGCUGGCUGCUUUCAUUUUCUCUCGUGUUUUCUUUCCUU